GUCGAUGUUUGAAUCAUAUGUCAACAGUGAUAUGACAAGCCGAACUAGUUUGAUUACAUAUCAGGAGAACUAUUUGAUAAAUACAUCAUAACUGUUUAUUAAUUUUUAGAGAUGAAACAAAUUUAUUGAAUGCAGGUUUAAUGCGCAUUUGCGCCUCAUUGACAUUCAAAAGAUUUGAAAUGUUCUAUGAAUUUUACGAUAGAGAUAUUAUAAAUACCUGAUUGAUUCUAAUUUACAGUUACAAUUAAUCUGGAUGAUACUAGUCUUAAUUGCGUACAGCUCAUAAUGGAGAGAUAUGAUAGAUUGUUUUGAGGAAAAAUACUAUAAAGAAAAUAAUCUUUUUCAUUAAAAUAGUAAAGUGGUAUUGAAGAUAAAAAUGGAUUUCAAUAAUUCUUCUAUUCCAACUGAUAAUUUAACAGAAGUUCGAAACUUUCCCAAAAAUGGAACAACGAGUUCCUUGAGUUAUAUAUUAAUUGUGAUUUACAUUUUUAUUUUUAUUGCUGCAGUCGUAGGGAAUCUUUUAGUUAUAUUUACAUUAGUACAUAAUAAACGGAUGAGAACUGUUACAAAUGUAUUUUUAUUGAACCUUGCCGUAAGUGAUUUGUUGCUAGCAGUAUUUUGCAUGCCGUUUACUUUAAUUCCAAUGUUUUUGCAAAAUUUCAUUUUUGGAGCGACAAUGUGUGUGUUGAUUCGAUACCUCCAAGGUGUGUCAGUUGGUGUUAGCUGCUUCACAUUGGUUUCCAUAUCCUUGGAACGCUAUUUUGGUAUAUGCCGCCCAUUACGUUCACGACGAUGGCAGACGCUAUCCCAUGCAUACAAAGUUAUCAUCUUCUGCUGGAUUUUAGCUGCCAUUGUGAUGAUCCCUAUAGCAGUGCAAACCAAGUACACACGAUUAAGACUUGGAAAUCACAGAUGUGAUGAGAUAUGGGAAGACGAAGCACUUUUAAAAGCAUACACGGUGUUUCUUGACUUGAUUUUGCUCUUUUGUCCAUUUCUUUUAAUGGUUGUUGCAUAUGGUUGUAUUAUCUCUACAUUAUGGGAUGGUAUCCAAGCACAGGCACAUCAGAAAGAGUUAAAUGGUAUUGCUAAUGGGAAAUUUUCUGGAUCAUUUACACAAGGUACGGAAAGAAAUUCCUUGAAAUACUCAAAUUAUGGAUCCCAACUGACAUCUCCAGAUAAUGGAUACUGCAGCGCAGAAUCUACACCAAGACGUAUGUUAGAAUACCGAAGAGUAAUACGUCAUUCAAAUCCAGAGCGGAAUCGUGCUGCUAAAUUGAAAGUGAUACGAAUGCUUGUAGCAGUAUGUUUGGAAUUUUUUGUAUGUUGGACACCCUUAUACGUUGUGUUAACUUGGAAAAUAUUUCACUUCGAAAGUUUAAAAGAUCAUUUUUCCAAUGUAACAUUUUCAAUAAUGUUUGUGUUGUCCUAUAUUUCUACCACGUGUAAUCCGAUAACAUACUGUUUCAUGAAUCAGAAAUUCAGACAAUCAUUUAAAAUGGUACUUGGGUGUUGCCAUUCUCGACAUAUUCGAAGAUUUUCUAGCCAUAGUACAUCUCUCAAGCUUAAUGGAACUAAAUUGAGUAUUAUGAGAUCGAAGCAGAACGGUAAAUCAUCACCAAAUGACAAAAAUGUUUCCCCCGAUGAUCAUUCCAUGUUAGUGGUUAUUGGCAAUUCUAGCGAUGGGGUAGCGGUAUAAUAAAACCAAGGAUAUAAUUUUUCCACUGUGAAAUCUAAUUAUUGUAUUUGUUAUGACAUUUUCUGGUAAUAAAAUGAAAAACGUAAA